AAAAAAAAGAAGCUAAACUUAAAUUCAAGAAAUAUGUCAGGAAAUAUGUCGAAGAGUGAAGAGAAACAAGAGUUGCCACUAGAAACAAGUCCGUAUACAAAGUACGAGGAUAUAGAGGAUUACAAGAAGAAUGCUUAUGGAACUUCCGGUCACCAGGACGUUAAGCCUGGCCACGGCGGCGGCACAACCGACGCACCGACCCCCUCCGGUGAUGCUGCUCCCUCCGCCAUAGAUUCCGCUAACCAAAAAGCUAAGAAGUGAACCACUCACAAAAUGUUUCUCUUGAUUCUGUUUUAGUUACUCUCCAAUGUGAUUCAUUUGACGCAUUGUGAUAAUUGACAUGUUUUUGUUUUUUCUCCUUUUCUCCAUUGAUAUGAUCCAAUCUAAGAUCAAUAAAUAGAUGUCAAGUCGAAGGGAUUUUGGCCAUCUUGCAACAUUAACAACCCACGUUAUGUAUAUUCUCACCUUGAAAAACAGAAUUUUGCGAAGA